UGGGGUUUUUGGGAUCAAUAAUUGAUAAAAAUUCAGAAAAUUGUGAAGAUCAGGCCAAGGGUGAAAAUAAAAAUGAAGAGCGGCAUGAAACACGAGAUCUGCCAAAUUUUUCCACCUCAGCUACAUCAGUACAGCCGCAGAGUAUUGAAAAAGCCGAAUCAUCUAGUUCGCAAGACGAUUCUGAUAUGCCUGACGAUUAUAGCGAUGGAGAGGGGGUUCAUUCGUCUGAUGAGAAGUCUCUUGAAAGUAAUGUCUGUAUGGAAACCUCUGACAACAAGAAUAUUGACAAAGCAGCUCAAGGGCUCGCAAAGUUGCUGCCAAAUCCGAUUCCGAGAGGAUGGGUAAUGUGUCAAAAAAUACUUCUGAAGGCAUUGACGUACAAUUGCGAAAAAACGAAUAGUGCUAGAGGAAACGAAAUGUUCACACCCCCACCACUGCCUGAAGAAUUUUAUAAGUCCGGUGAAGACAAGAAUGGAUUUGCAAGUUAGCUGGAGAAGGAGAAGUCAUUGACCGCGCCUUGUACAUAAAAUGUAUUAAUAAGGCUGCUGGUAACAAACGUAAAUAAAAGUUCCUGGAGGUAAAGAUAUGAAACUAAUGUUAAGAAUAUGAAAAGAUGUGAAAAGCUAAUUAUAAGAGGUUAUAACUAAUUUUAAAAAGUUAGUGUCCAUCUGGUAUGGACACGAAAUGAGUUGUGGUGUUGUAAUGCUAAAAAAACAACGAGAGAAUUGAGCAGUUAAUUUUAAGGAGCGUGUGAGGAUCAAUAUGAGGUAUUCCAUACCGAAUGAAUAAACGACUGACCCUCACCCGCUUGAAAAUUGAUGGCGAUUCUUUCUACGA